AUGGGUAUAGGCGUUGACCCCGGAAUUCAUUUCGGCGUUCUGGAUCUCCUCAGACCGGCAUCCGGUUCGGGAUCCGUUUUUGGGAUCCAUAAUACGGAUCAAAUAUUUGUAGGGAUAUUCGGUAAGCCAUCGGACGACUUCAGGUACCGAGUUCUCGAAUCCCGAUCCGAACCAACUCCCGCCCCGCCCUCAAAUCUAGCUCUACUAAAAGUUCCCCCCUCCCCCCCUCCGACACUUUUGGACUGCGCACGGGGAACAUUAAGUUGCUCCCUCACAACCUCCUCCCAAUUCAAUUCAACUUUCUUCUGGCCCGUCAACCCCGCGAAAAGUGUUGGUUCGAGUCUACUUGUCUAUACAGAGUCCCCCGAUGGCGGAUCUAAAAUCGGGCCCCAACGCGUUUCAGGUUCUCGCUUCCCGCCCUCGAUCUUUAGUCUGAAUAGGGGACUGCCAGCUUAUCGACGAGCGUUGCUAGUCGGGGUUUUUCCGACAUCCCUCACGCCGUUCAACUCGACGCCGUGUCUAUUUAUGCACGAUUUUUUCCCCCCCAAACCAGAGUCGAGUGUCUACCCACCCUUCCUUGAAUUGAGAGCGCAGUCUCUCCAACGUGGGAAAAAGACGUUCGAAGCAUCGCCUGCCUCUUUUCCCAUUCCCGCUCAGCUAUUCUGGAUAUCGUUUGCUUGCUGCGCGGUUGUGCUCAGAUAG